AUGUCAGAAAUUAGUGCACCCAAUGGCAUUGUACUCUAUUGGUAUCCAGCAUCUCCAUUUGGACGAAGAGUUACGUGGUACCUUGCCUUGAGAAACAUUCAAUAUGCCGAAUGCAUUCAACCGCCGAUCCUCCCAAGGCCAGACAUUGACAGUUUAGGAGUGACCUACCGCCGCUCGCCAGUGAUGGCGAUUGGAAAGGAUGUCUACCUCGAUACAAGGCUCAUGAUUGCCAAGUUGGAGGAGCUAUUCCCGCCGUCGUCACAGCAUCCAGCUCUCUCCACUAAAGAGACUGCUGGAAUAGCGGGUUUGCUGCAGAAACUGGCCAUUGAGGGCAGCAUGUUUCGAGAAGUCGUGAAGAAUAUUCCUUCUCAUUUCCCAUUGCUACGCGAUGAAAAGUUCCAGAAAGAUCGAGCCGGCUUCUUCCAGCCCUCGUUCAAGAUGGAAGCGAAGCUCAUACGACCCGAGGGUAUCACUCAAAUGAGGCAUCUCUUUGACGUUGUGGAAGCUCUGUUCGCAGACGGGAGGGAGUGGGUAGGAGGGACGUCGCAGCCCACAUUAGCUGACCUUGAAGGUAUUUGGCCACUGGAUUGGUUGAUUACCGAUCUUGAGCCAUCCAAAGACCAUUUCUCGGCGACCAUUUACCCCAAAGUCUACGCCUGGCGGGAUCGAUUCAGGGCAGCGCUCGAUGCUGCAAAACAGCGAACGCAGAAGGCUACCAGGGUGAAAGGAGAACAGGCCACUAGCAUUGUCACAUCAUCACAAUUCGUCGACCACGACCUGAGGGUUGAUGCCAAAGAUCCGCUCAGGCUGAAGGAGGGUACAAUGGUGGAAGUUUUCCCACUCGAUGGCGGCGGGCACAGUCACCAAGRCCGUGGUCGUCUGAUCAAGUUGAACAAAGACGAAGUCGCCAUUGCUGUGAAGAGCAAGGAGGGCAGUGAGAUCCACGUCCACGCUCCACRCUGGCAGUUCCGGGUCAAGGCUGCCGAAAGUGCUCGGCUGUGA